CAUGGCAACUGUACAGCAUGUGCUUACAAAAACAAGAGCUUGACCGUUCACCGACAGCUUUCUCGACAUCCGACAUCUAAACGCUCUACGACGCCAUCUUAUUCAUCCUGCGUCUAUCGGUGGAGGAGACCGCGGAGACACACACGUCUCACACACACACACACACACACACACACACACAGAGGGAGCGAAGCCGAAGAGAGUCGACGAUGAGCGGAGCCAAAGCCCGCAGCGACGCGCCUGUUGCUGAAAAUGUCCCCGGCGGCGGCGGGCACAGCACUGCGGCUCCUCCGUGGGACCGCAAGCCCGGCGGAGGGGUUCUGAAGAGGCUCAAGUCCCGUAGGAGCCAGAUGGACAGCAGGCCCGUCACGGAGGAAGACCUGCGGACACAGAGUGGACACAUCACGCCGGAGGACGUGUUAGGACUGCGGGUGGCCGCGCGAGGGUACCUCUGUAAACCCGAGGACAAUAUUUAUAACAUCGAUUUUGUGCGCUUUAAGAUCAGGGACCUGGAGACAGGCACUGUCCUGUUUGAGAUUGCCAAACCCCCAAAUACAGAGGACGACGAGGAGAACAGAGAGGCCGAUUCCAGCGCAGGUCGAUUUGUACGCUACCAGUUCACCCCGGCCUUCCUGAGGCUGAGGACCGUGGGAGCUACGGUGGAAUUCACAGUCGGGAACCGGCCUUUGAACAACUUCCGCAUGAUCGAGAGGCACUACUUCCGCGAACACCUGCUGAAGAGCUUUGACUUUGACUUUGGGUUCUGUAUCCCAAACAGCCGUAACACCUGUGAGCACAUCUACGAGUUCCCUCAGCUGUCGGAGAGCCUGGUCCGUCAGAUGGUGGAGUGUCCUUAUGAGACCCGGUCAGACAGCUUCUAUUUCGUUGAGAACAGACUCGUCAUGCACAACAAGGCAGACUACGCGUAUAACGGAGGACAGUGAUGUCUGCCUGCUAGCAUGAAGGAAACACACAUACACACAUAAACUUGUGAAUGCACACACAUGUAUUCACAUUUAUAGACUCACGUACAUAUUACAUACACACAUGCAUGCACAUGGCUCUACACACACACACACAUCGUUCAUUCACUCAUACAUGCACAAGCAGCUACAGACACGGUUGAUUUGCCUCUUAUAUUUGUAAAGAUGAAUUGACAUUUACUGGGAUCAUUUUCAGGGACUGUUUCUGAUAUUCCAGGAGGUCACUAUCAGUCUCUGCUCCGACAUACAAGCAGGAAGCCUCUGUUUGAAGAAGGUUAAUGUAUCUGUUUUUAAUUAUGAACAGUUCUGUUUUAAACCAGAAGAGGACUCAUCACUCAUGUGACGUCUCAAACGGACCAAAUGGUUAUUAGAUAGAUAGUUCGGUCCCCUGUUAGCAGUUUUAAAAGUGUCCUAACACUGCCUCAACACACACACACGCUCACACACACACACACACACACACGCACAAACACACACUCAAUCCUCAAGUGACACACAUAGUGUUUACGCAGUGUUUGUCAGAAGCAGCUGUUCUCAGAGCUACCGCCUCCACAAUCCACUCCAGACAAUAUCGGGGGAGAAAGGACGAAAGCAUCCACACAAACACUCCUGUCAAGCACACAUGGUCACUCCUACGAUUCCCCUCCCCAACUCCCUCUCCUCUCUCGUUUUCACACACACACACACACACACACACACACACACACACAAAAACAGACACAUCAACAAUAUAAAAUGUUGAUUAACGGUCUCUGAGAUCAUUGCUUCUCUCUGAUUGAUAGCAACAUGAAUCAGGUAACUUUUAGCUGCAAUUCAAUUGUAACCUCUGACUGCAACCAAACAAAAGACGAUUAUUAUUGCACAUUAUUAAGAACAGUCAAAAAGGAAUUUUCAAGUAAAAAAUACUCAUAAGUUCUGAUAUUUAUUUAUUUAUUUAUUGGUUUAUUUGAACGGGACAGUGCACAUUAAUAAAAACAUUUCUGCAAAUGCGCCAGAGUUAUGGAGUUAUAUCACGAUGCAUGUGUGGUGUUAUAAACAAAAAAGAAGAAGUGGAAUACUGAAUACCAGAUAUACUGUGAAAAAAAGAAAGGUCUAAAGGUUGGGCAUCCUUAAAGUCACAUCACAUAUUCUUUCCCCCCCCCCCCCAAGUUGGAAUACGUCUGGAAAUUGAGUGGUCUUUCUAGCUCCAGUAAAUAGUGCACUUCCUCUUUGUACUUUGUAAACUUUGGUGUUCAGGGUUAAAGGUGGUGUUUGUACAAAUAUAUAUAUAUAUAUAUAGUUUGUAAAAAAAGUGAUUCAAGAAAAAUAAAUGUACAUUUUCAGAUACAGGAUGUUUGAUGUGUGUUUCUUUCUGGGGAUGAGAAAGGUUGCAGGAAGUUGAGCUGUUUUUUUGGCAGUUUUAGAAGUCCCACAAUUGGCCACUAGGAGGAGUUAUGUUAUAACUAAGUCAUGAAUUAGCCCACUGCUUUCAGUUUAGUUUCAUGUUGGAUUGUGGAAAAGAUCACAGCAGUAGCUUUCAUUAUUACAUGGGGACAUGUCGACAUUUGUAUCUGCUCAAAACUUUAGAUGGGGUCAUGAUCUAAUCCCUUUAUAUUCCUCUAUGGCUGUGGUUUCACUGCAGAGGGGACAUAGCACUGAUAAUAUCAUUUUAAUUCCACAUAAUGACUCUGUCUACAGGCCACAUGUGAUGAUCUUGAAUAGCACGCAAUGCAUUCUGAAAUUUGUUCGGGAUUGCUACACUUUGAUCCUCCAUUUUUGGAGUCUUGUGGGAUUUAAACCAAAAUCUGAGCUGCUCUCUGUUUAUUCUUUCUCAGGCUGUUUCUUCCUAUCUCUGUGUUCAUCGCUUGAUCUCUCUCAGCUUCUCUCAGUUUCCAGCUCCAAUGCCCAAAAUCUCAUGGUCUUUUCUCCCUCGCCUCUCCUUUUCGGUUUCUCUCUCCACACCUAUGGCAGCGCUGCUCCCUCCCUCGCUCUCCUGCUCUGUUUUUCCCUUUUCUUUCCUCCUCUCUCACCUGGUAACCAGACCUCUGGAGAGGAGGGUUGAGUUUCCACUUUCCCAGAGAAGAGGACAAUCUGAGCCACACAAAGACUCACAAUGGACCCCCUCUGCUCUCGCCUCCCUUCGCUCUGUCACUGCACAGCUGCACACACAUACACUGAAACAUACAACACAC